GAGCAAAAACGGAGGAGGCCCAAGUCGAAGACCUUUUAAAGAAUGGGGCCAACAUGUUUGGCCCACUAUUUGGCCAUCGCGUUUACAACUCCGCAACUCUAACCCAGCCCGCACGUGAUCUUGCUUUAUGGGCCGUCAUAUAUAAGCCGCCCUUGGACGCAACUUCAUCUCCCCAAAUCGCUCGCUACUUGGACCACCCCUCGUCGCUCACAACUACACGCUUCAACUCUCAACACUCACAGUUACCCCAUCAAUCAUGUCUGGAAAAGGAAAAGGCGGCAAAGUCGGUGGCAAGUCUGGCGGAAAGGCCUCUGCCGCUGGUGCUGAUGCCAAGGGUGCCUCUCGCUCAUCCCGAGCUGUUCCCAGUCGGUCGUAUCCAUCGUAUGUUGAAGCGCGGAAACUACGCUCAACGUGUUGGUGCUGGUGCUCCCGUCUACCUUGCAGCUG